UGGCCAUGGGUCGAGAGCGGAGUUCGCGGCCGCCCGAGGCCGAUCCCGAGCCGGAGGCGGAGUGGGAGCCGGAGCCGCAGCCGGAGGCGCCGAGGGAGGGGAGCGGCUGAGCGGCCCGCCCGCGCCGUCCCCCCGCGUCCCCCCGGCCGGGCCGCGCUGGAGCCCGGCGGCUGCUGCUCGGCCCCGGGCGGCCCCCUCACGCCGCCCAAGAAGAUGAAGAAGCGCAAGGAGCUGAACGCGCUCAUCGGCCUGGGCCCCGGCGACGGGCGCGGCCGGAGCCGCCGCAGCCGCCGGGCCUGGAAGGGCGCCUCGGGCCACCGGCUGCUGCGCACCGAGCCGCCCGCCUCGGGCUCCGCGUCCAGCUCGGAGGACGAGGACGACGACGACGACGACGAGGACGAGCGCGGCGGCGGCGGCGGCGGAGGGGGAGGCACCCGGGCGCGCUUCGCCAGAGGGGAUUACUUCCGCUGCUGCAAGGUCUGCUACCCACUGUGCGCGUUUGUGAUUCUGGCCGCGUGCGUGGUGGCCUGCGUGGGCCUGGUGUGGAUGCAGGUGGCCCUCAAGGAGGACCUGGACGCCCUCAAGGAUCAGUUCAGAAUCCUGGAAUCUAAUCAGAAAAGCUCAUUCCAAGAGAUCCCCAAACUAAAUGAAGACCUCCUCCGAAAACAAAAGCAGCUGGAGAAGAUUGAAUCUGGAGACCUGGGCUUGAGCAAAGUCUGGAUAAACAUCACAGAAAUGGCCAAACAGAUUGCUUUGUUGACUUCCACAGUGAACCACCUCAAAGCCAACGUCAAAUCAGCUUCAGAUUUGAUUAGCCUGCCUGCCACUGUUGAGGGCCUUCAGAAGAGCGUGGCCUCCAUUGGGAGCACCUUAAACAGCGUCCGUCUUGCUGUGGAGGCCAUACAGAAAACAGUUGACGAGCACAAGAAGACCAUCGAGACCCUCCAGAGCAACAUGUUCCAGCACCCUGAGAAGGAGAGCAGCGAGGCCACUCCAUCACCCUCCAUGGUCCCAGGCCUGCGCAGGAAAAGCCCAAGAGAGAAUUUCCAGCAGGACAUGCUGCACCUUCAGAGCUCUUUAGAAGAGGUCAACAGGACCCUCGUGGGGUACCAGAGACAGAAUGACCUUAAGCUUCUGGGGAUGGAUGGGACAGUCAGGAAUCUGAGCCAGAGAGUCACCUCAAUAGGAAGCAGCCUGGUGGCUCUGAACAAGUUAGGCAAGAGAGAGAACCUGUCCUUCACCACGAUGGCUGAUGGAGCUACUUCUCUGAGAGAUUCUCCUAGGACAGAUGGGGAACAAGCCCAGAUUCUAAAGAAAGAAGACAGUGCAGACUCUCAGGCCUCUAAGCUGAGGGAGAAGCUCCAGCUCAUCACUGCUCUCACAGGCAAGCCAGAGCCCAACAAGCCACCUAAGGAGGCCUCAGAGGAAGAGAAAAGACAGAGUGCUGCAUCAAAGCUAUCUGCAUUUCCAAAAUUUUCGCCACGAUCUCUUGGAAACCAGGUGGAGACCAUCCGUCUGAGGCCUGUCUCCAUCCCAGAAAUUUCUAGCCUGACAGAUCUCCUGGAUUUGUUCCAAAAGACGGGCCAGGGGCCUGAGGGGAAGCUGUCCUACCAGGAUCUCUGGGACCUACUCGGCUCUGCCGUCCCAUCUGCCCAGAGCAUGGCAGAGUUUGACACGGACAGAGAUGGGAGAUAUUCCUUCCCGGAGCUGAGACUUGCUUUAGGCAUUGAGCAUAUGGAGCAGAAUUAGAAUUGGAAACCCAGCUCAGACCUCCAGCUCGUCGCCUGACAAGUCACCUGUCCCUCAGCCCAGCAAUCCCCACGUCUUUGAAGCUGCAUAGCACCCCUCAUUUGGAGAGUCUAUAAAAUGGUUAUUUUUUUAAAGAGGAGAACCUUUCCUUCUGGCUGGAUGCUCAGCAGUAACUGUGCUUUCAUGGCACCCACAGGAAUGUCGCUUUUAAAACUCCCGCUGAUGCAGGGAGCCCUCCUUCCUCUCUGGUCCUUCUUGAGAGGCAAGACCGUGUCUUUAAACUGAAAAACAUGUACAUAGAGAGAGAAAAACCCCUAUUUUCUAUUUUACAUAAAUUUGCCUUAAAUUAGCUGCACUUUAUAGAAACCCAGAAAAAUCUUGUCUUUUCUUUCCAAGAGAGGCCUUUUCCAAGCAUUUGUUAGUAGUUGGCAUUGAACAGGGAAUGAUGUGCACUGGGGGGUAUGAGAAAACAGUUCAAAAUUAGCCAUUAAUAUCUAGACACUUCCCCCAUGACCCAGGCAGGAGGGCUGCUGCUCACAGCCAUCCUGCCCCCUUACCCAUCCUGUCCAGAGUCAGAAAAGGGCCUGGUGGGCCCCUCCAGCCUUGUCAGACACUCUUCAGGUUGUGAAGCUUAGCUAAAGUGUUUGCAGGGAAGUAUGACAUGAAACCAUGGAGUCUGCCCUUUGUGGCUUCUCCUCCUCUUCCUGAGAUGUCACCUUCCCCUCCUCAGAGCCUCUCCUCCAGCUGAUGGGAAGGACACAGGCUAGUCCCCCACGGGUGGUCUCAGCUCAGUCACCAGGGCCACCCACCAGCCAGUGUUAGAGCCUCCUCCCAGGUCACAAAAUGAAAUGGCAGACGUGUUGUGCCCUUGGGUGAGACAGGAGGCAGGAAUCUCCUUGAUCUCAGCAAGCGCAGUAUCUGUCCUAGUCCUCCGCUCCACGGUGGGGUUGGUGGGGGGCGUCCAGUGCUGCUCGGAGUCUUCGCCUCCCCAGGCAGUACGUUCAGGCCCAUCUGCCAUUCCCAGGAAGGUCUCUGGGUCACGGGGGAGGAAGUGUCUGCAGAGCUCUUCAGUGGGGACCAGGGAGGCUGGAGAAGUUGCCUCGAGGGAAGCCCCUUUAUUUAGAUGAGCUUUGUUCUGCUCUCUUGCAGUAAAGCAUCAUACCUACUUGGGUAUGUGCUUUACCUUUGGCAUGAUCCCUAACUUAAGUUUGAGUCACAAAACCCUUGUGUAGGUGGUGAAGAUGAGCUAGGCACAAGCAGGCCAGUGCCCUUCUGGGAAUGUGUCCAAUGUGCCACCACUGAAGGCUUCUCUCCCUGCAUCCCCUUCUGGGUGCACCGUGCCAUUGCCCGGCAGGACGACUUUAUCUGCUGUUUACAGGCCCCCUGGGUGCCUGCGACCAGUGUCCUGGCCAUGCCUGCGACCCUGUUUGAUACACCUGUCCCUAUAAAUUCUCUAACAACCAAAUAAAAUUCUAGCAAUAAAAUUGAUCACUCUGAGAUCUGUAUGUAUUGUACCGUAAGGCUUUUGUCUGUACUUGCGGGCUUUUUGGUUUGGUUUUAUUUGAACUUUUUUGGAAACUGAUUUCUGUGAAGCACAGCUAAGGAGCCAGUGCAGGCUGCCCUCUUUAAUUUCAGAGCAGUCAUUCAUAGAUCAGUGGACAGCCCUUGGUUAAUUCUUAGUUAAAAAGGGUCUGUCUUAGGAUCCCAUUGGCAUGAGCUAGGCUAGGGCCAGCCAUGCAAUGAGUCUGCCUUUGCUGGCCAGCUCCCAAGCAGGAGGGUCCCGGGGUCAAGUCACCUGCCUCCAUUGAGACAGGCAGGCCUCCUGAAGUGCCCCUCUGGCACCACGCUGACGGGCAGAGCUGCCUGGGCACCAAGCCACUGUGCCUCAUCCAGGCCCAGCAGCAGCUGACAGACUUCACAGCUGGUGAGCACUUGGCCACCCUGGCCCUGAGCAGCCAAGACUACCUGGCUCUACAUACAUUUUACCUUCUCUCCUGUUCUCUCCCAUUCCAACUCUUAAACUGUGUUUCUUGCCUUCAGUUACCUGAUUCUUGGGGCAGGGUUUGGUCAAGGAGCCAGGCAUGAAAAGUGAGGCAGAACAGGCCCAGCCUUUCUUUAAGGGGAUUUGGUCUGGGAAGUUUGGAUUUAGUCAAAGGGCUGCACUUGAGGACCUAGAGGGAACCAAGUGAGUGUCUUGCCCAUAAACGGCCCUGUUCAGGGGAAGGGAGUUAGUUGACUGACAGCCUUAAAUCUCAGGAGUAUUGGCCAGAGGAGAGGUGGGGGUGGGAGCUUCAUUGGCUGCAAUCCAUUCCUGAGCCAGCCCCUCCCAGUCCAGGCAUCUAUCUGUCUGCCCAGGAACUGAAUCAGGGGUUGACCUUGUCUGUCUGUCUCUCUCUCUCUGUGUCUCUCUCCCCCUCCUCCCUCUCUCUCUGUCCCUCUCCCUCUCUCCCUCCCUCCCUCCCUCUCCUCUCUCUCCCCCUCUCCCUCUCCCUCUCCCUCUCUUCCUCCCCUCUUUGGCAUGCUCCCCUACUUGCCCACAUACUCCCAUACAGCAUGGGCCAUCUUGCCCUUGGUCAUCUACUUUGUCACUGUCUCCUUUGGGGACAGGUGAAUGUGCUCUAUCCCUCAGCUGUUUGGCCCACACCCUGGAAGGGGCUAGAUGUCUCCUGCCCCCGGAUGAUCCCCAGCCCUGAGAGGAGCCUUGCACUUUAAUAACAUGUAACAAGUUUGAAUUUCUCUAAAUAAAACCUAUUUCCUCUUUUGGCC